UGCCUUGGAGCAUAAUGUGUAAUGCUACUUUUUAAUGGAAUCUUGUGCAAUGCCAACACGAAGUCAUACAAACUUCAAUAUACUGUUAUACCGUCGAUAUUAGCCCACAAACGUAAUGUGUUUAUUUCCACAAAAUAAUAAAAAGUACCAGAUAUAUUGCAUUGCUAACGACUUUUAUUUAUUUUUAUUUUUCCAGCGGCACACCUGUUUGUAGGUGUCGUCUUUGAAUGACUACAUUGCACUUACACGAUGUGCACCCAGUAUGUCAUAAUGUAUUAAAACGUGCAAUCAGGCAGCUUUUUCAAAGUAACAGCAUCUGAGCCUAACCUGCCAUACACGUCAACAGCAUCCGAACGUAAACGGGACUAGCAUUAGGACCCAGAAACACACAAGAGCCACCAAACAUGGCGGAGCAAAACAUGGAAGAUACCGGGCCAAAGUUUUGCAGUGAAAUAUUAAGCCCGUCUGAGCUCUUCUCGGCCAGGUCCAGGAGCCACAAGAUUCCGGUCAGAGGUCAGAAGGACUUUUACCUCAAAGACUCAGCUGAGCAGCAGCAGAAGCUCCAGCAGAGCCUAAAGGAGCACUGGAGUCUGGUGUCCGAGGAGCGAGUGGAGAGGCUGGGGAACCUGGUGAGGGCCACGUGGAUUCCAAGCGAGCGGAUUGUGGAGCUUCAGUCUCCGGCAGGCAAGUUCUGGCAGACGAUGGGGUUUUCCGUCCUUGGCAAGCAGUGUCUCCUCCCUGAAGAGGCGCUCUACCUGAUGGAGUGUGGAAGUGUGCAGGUGUUCUACCAGGACCUCCCCCUGUCCAUCCAAGAUGGCUACGAGAGGUUUUUGUCCCCCGACACUGUGACCCUACAGCAAUAUCAGGUGUUUGGGCAUCUGAAGAGGCUGGGCUUUGUGGUGCACAGGUUCGAUGCCAGCUCGGCGCCUUCGUCCUACGCAAGGCAGCUGAACCUGCCGCAGUCACGUGACCGAGCAGGAAUGUCACUGAAGAGGAAGCGCAGCAACAGCCCCUCCCCCUCAUCCAGCCACACAGAAGCACAAGAAGCGUCCCCUCGUCGGAGCGCGGAAGCAGAGGAAGGUGAAAAACAUUCUGAGUCACAGUCAACGUCCUACCCAGCGACCACGGGGGCCCAAAGCACCCUGCCAAGCCAAAGCCGAGGUCGGCCAUGGUGGCCGACGAAUCCCCUCAGUGCUGCUGGCCAUGAGACCAACAAGCACGCCCGUGGCAGCUCAUCUUGGGAUAACUCCAUCAUCUUUCCGGACCUGGGCUCCCUGCGUCGAUCCUCCAGCUGCCUGUCGUCCCCCGACCCGUCUCUAUUGCCCGGCUCCCUCACUGUUGGCGGGUGCGACCUCACGCCCUGGAUGGGGAGGAUCAACCAGCGUGAGGUGAAGAUGUCACCAAAUGAGAGACAAAGGGACAAGCGCAGACGUCGUAAUCGUGACAAAAAGGUGCGAGAUUGCAGAAACUGGGCGGAGUACCAUCGGCUUAUGGCCAGCCGGUGGGGAAGGCACAGUGGUCGACCCUGGGAAAGGCACAGGGGUCGACCCUCACACCUGUGGAGGAAGGAAGUUGCCCCUUUACACGACCCGACACAACCCAUCUCCACAGGUGAGCUGUUGGACAAAAUCAGCCUGAUCAAGUCCACACAUUUGCUGGAGGGAGCGUCCAGCAUAAAGGCCUCAGAUCAGUGGAGGAUUAGUUUCAGUGUUUACCAGCCUGACACUGUGGCUGACUUCAAGAAGAGCAACCCAGGGAAGCCUUACGUGCGCAUGUGUGUGUGCAGCUUCAACGGGCCCACGCCGGACCUGCGGGCCAUCAAGCAGCUGACCUUCCAGAGUGCCGACAUCCCGAUGGUCUUUGCUGUGGUGGACCACGGGGACAUCUCCUUUUACACCUGCAAAGACUUCCAGCUGCCCAAAGACGUGUACCCCUGACCCCGAUGCCACCACGAAAUGUUCUUAACGUUCCAUGUUGGUGCUGGGUGACGUUAGCCCUCAGGAAUGAAAAUGUGUUUUCAUACGCAAUAAAAGGUUGACCAGCUGGA